AUAACCCAACAAGCAUAAUAGCCAGCUCUCCUCAUUAUCCUUGAUCAAACUCAAGAGUCAGGACCAAGCAAUAAUUUCAAGUUUUCAAGUAGUACCAAGGACCAAGUAUGUCUGAAGUGGUGGAGGUUUGGAUGAGCGAGUUGGCAAAGCUGAAAGACAAGGUAGGAGCUAAGAAGCGAAUGGUGUUUUCAUCAAAGGGCAAACAAGGAGAGGGUGAUGAUGAGGUUGAAGAACAACAAGUGUUGAAAGAAGCAAGAAAAGAGAGCAGCAGAAUGGCUCAGAUUCAGAGGGACUUGGAUUCCUCUACGCUUUCAGAGGCCACAGUCUGUUUGCUUAUGGACCGUUUUGUGCCUUGGUGACACCUUGUAAUUAAAUAUUAGUCUAAUCU